AUGGGCAGCAUAGAACAGCCAAACGGCUUGAAGAUCAAGGUAGCAAUAGAUCGCGGAGGCACCUUCACCGACUGCCUAGGAAUCGUCUCAGGCCAAGAAGACAUCGUCGUAAAACUCCUCUCACAAGAUCCUGACAAUUAUGAAGAUGCUCCCAUCGAAGGGAUUCGACGUAUCUUGGAACAGGCAACCGGGCAAGCAUUUCCUCGCAAUCAGAAGCUCGAUGUCAGCGGCUUCUCUGAAGUGAGCGUGCGGAUGGGCACUACCGUGGCAACGAACGCUUUGCUCGAGAGGAAAGGCGAGCGGGUGGCAUUGUUGAUCACGAAGGGUUUCGGUGAUGCACUACGGAUAGGCACGCAGUCGAGGCCGAAGCUUUUUGAUCUGAACAUCGUGCGGCCGGAUGUGCUCUACGAAGAUGUUGUGGAAAUUGAUGAACGGGUGACCAUUGAGGCUUAUCAACAAAACCCAGAGACCGACUUCGAGGGUUUACAGCGCCAGCUGGAGACUGAUUCGAACCUGUGCAAAGGUGUUUCGGGUGAGGUGGUGCGAGUGUUGCAGAGACUUGAUCGAGAGCAAGUCCGGAGAGACUUGCAACGCUUGUUCGAUAAUGGCUACCGAAGCAUUGCGGUGUGUCUGGUGCACUCAUACACCUUUCAAGAGCACGAGCUGGCCAUUGAGGAGGUUGCCCGAGAGAUUGGCUUUACUCAAAUCUCUCUGUCAAGCCAGCUUCUCCCAAUGAUCAAGUUGACUUCCAGAGGUACAAGCGCUACCGCAGAUGCAUACUUGACUCCAGUGAUCAAGCGAUACAUCGAAGGCUUUCGCGAUGGCUUCAAGGAUCGCAUGAGCAGUGACAAAGUUCGCUGCGAGUUUAUGCAGAGUGACGGAGGGCUCGUCAACUUCGACAAGUUCUCUGGUCUUCGAGCCAUUCUAUCCGGCCCAGCUGGUGGAGUUGUUGGCCACGCCAGAACUUCUUUUGACGAGAAGCGGAGGACUCCCAUCAUCGGUUUUGACAUGGGUGGUACGAGUACUGACGUCUCACGUUUCGAUGGCAAGCUCGAGCACACAUUCGAGAACGUGAUAGCUGGAGUUACUGUCAUGGCUCCUCAGCUCGACAUCAACACUGUCGCCGCUGGAGGUGGUAGCAUCCUCAAUUGGAAGAACGGGCUGUUCGCCGUUGGUCCAGAAAGCGCUGGCGCCCAUCCAGGACCUGCCUGCUACCGCAAAGGAGGUCCAUUGACCACAACAGACGCAAAUCUGUUCCUAGGCCGCCUAUUGCCCGAUUCAUUCCCCAAGAUCUUCGGGCCCAAUGAGAAUGAGGCGCUGGACGUCGAAGUGACCAGAACUAAGUUCCAAGAGAUGACUGACAAAAUAAAUGCCGAGACAGGACAGAGCAAGACUCCCGAAGAAAUCGCAUUAGGUUUCAUCGAGGUGGCCAACGAAGCAAUGGCGAAACCUAUUCGACUGCUCACAGAGGCUCGAGGUUUCGAUACGUCGACGCACCAUUUAGCUUCCUUUGGUGGAGCUGGAGGACAGCACGCAUGUGCGAUAGCGUCGUCGCUCUCGAUCCGGACCGUCAUCAUACAUAGGUACUCGUCCAUCCUUUCAGCGUACGGUAUGGCCUUGGCCGACCUUGUCCAAGAAGCCCAAGAGCCGGCCUCAGGAGUCUUCGAUGCGACAACUCAAGCUCAGAUUCGCAAAAGAGCUGCUGCGCUGAAAGUCAAAGUGGUCGAUGCCCUUGCAGAUGACGGCGUUCCGGCAGAUCACAUCCGGUACGAAGUGUACCUCAAUCUUCGAUAUCAAGGCACCGACAACACGCUCAUGGUGUUGGAGCCUGAAGACGGUGACUUUUUGUCUGCAUUCUAUGCUGAGCACAAGAGGGAGUUCAGCUUCACUUUCCCAGAACGCAAGGUCCUCAUUGAGGACAUUCGAGUCCGAGGCAUCGGUGGGUCGCUGUCACUGCCAGCUGAGGAUCCUCAUGCAGAGCUUCGGACGAUCGUCAAGAAGCCAGUGCUCGCGGGUCAAGAAAGCAGCAGAAGUCCGGUCACAUUUGCGUCUACAGGCACCGUCGAUACACCAGUCUUCAAGCUUGAACAUCUAGAGCCUGGGCACGCAAUUGCAGGACCGGCAAUAAUUAUCGACAGCACCCAGACGCUUCUCGUGGAGCCCGAAGCAACUGCGACGAUCCUCUCCAGGCACAUUAUCUUAGACAUCCCAGCGAAGGCGAAGAAGACACUCUCGGCAGACGUUGUGGAUCCAAUUCGUCUAUCAGUGUUCGGAUACCGCUUCAUGGCAAUCGCAGAGCAGAUGGGUCGGAUGUUCCAGAAGACGUCGGUCUCCACCAACAUCAAGGAACGGCUUGACUUCUCGUGUGCGGUAUUUUCACCGGACGGCAAGCUCGUAGCUAAUGCGCCGCAUGUCCCUGUGCAUUUAGGGUCAAUGGAGUACGCUGUCCGUUACCAGCACGAGGAACUUCGCGGACAGCUCAAGCCGGGAGAUCACAUCUGUACCAAUCACCCUCUAGCAGGCGGCACCCAUCUGCCAGACAUCACCAUCAUAACUCCGGUAUUUGACGACGCAGGCGACAAGAUUAUCUUCUACGUAGCCUCUAGAGGUCACCACGCAGAGAUAGGCGGUAUCCAUCCAGGCUCCAUGCCAUCAGAUAGCCGAAUGCUGUACGAAGAGGGUGCCAUGACCAUGGGCUUCAAGAUCGUCUCGGAAGGCCAAUUCGACGAGGCUGUUGUUCGUGAGUUCCUCUACGACAAGCCGGCAUCGUGCCCAGCAUGCAGCGGCACCAGGACAUACAAAGACAACGUGUCGGAUCUGAAAGCAGCGAUUGCUGCAAACCAGAAAGGAGCACAGUUGAUCAACUCGCUAGUCGAAGAGUACAGUCUGCCGAUAGUCCACUUCUACAUGGAUGCCAUCAAGUCGAAUGCCGAGGUUGCCGUGCGGCGGUAUCUGAUGCAGGUCGGCAAAGAGAGAAAUGGCAGGCCAUUGACAUUCUCUGACUUUAUGGAUGACGGCACUGAAAUCUGUCUGAAGGUGACGAUAGAUCCAGCUACGGGAGACAGCACUUUUGACUUCUCAGGCACAGGCCGCGAGACCUUCAAUUGCCUGAAUGCACCGAAGGCGAUCGCGCAUUCGGCGAUCAUCUACUCUCUUCGAGCAUUGAUCAACCAGGAUAUUCCUCUGAACCAAGGGUGCCUCGCUCCAAUCAAGGUCAUUAUUCCAGAGCGUACGCUUCUGAAUCCGUCCGAGCACGCGGCUGUCUGCGCCGGAAAUCCCAUCACCUCGCAAAGGAUAACAGAUGUCGUCCUGGGAGCUUUCGACGCCUGCGCAGCGUCACAAGGCUGCUGUAACAUCAUCUCGUUUGGUACUGGAGGACUUGACGCUUCCGGCAAAGAAAUUCCAGGGUUCGGUGUCGGCGAGACCAUCUGUGGCGGAUCCGGAGCAGGAAAUGGAUGGCAUGGCACAUCUGGUGUGCAUGUCCACAUGACGAACACCAGAAUCACCGACCCAGAAGUUUACGAGCUUCGAUACCCCAUCGUUCUGCGGCAGUUCUCCAUUCGCAAGGGCUCUGGCGGCGAAGGAUUGUACAGAGGCGGCGAUGGUGUGCUUCGUGAGAUUGAGUUUCGCAUCCCGCUCUCAGUAUCGAUGCUCAGCGAGCGGAGAGUCAUUCGUCCGUACGGUAUGGCUGGCGGAUCACGAGGACAGGCAGGCCUCAAUCUCUUCGUCAAAAAGGAGCUCGAUGGAAGUGAGCGGGUGAUCAACAUCGGCGGCAAAAUGGAGUUGAACGUCCAGCCUGGGGAGAGGAUCCUCAUUCACACACCAGGAGGCGGAGGUUGGGGCUCGAAAACAUUAGAGUCUGCUGAUGUCGCGAUUAAUGGUGGCGUAAAGCAUUCUUCUUUCCUUCCCAGCGGCAGUGUGCAUGCUUGGUCGGUCGCUGCUGAGGCAGCUCAAUAG